AUGUUUCUCCAACUCCCCCUUCUAUUUCUCUUGUGCAUCCUGAGACCCGCUCCCACACACGCUCAGCACACCUACAAUAUCACCGACGCUUUCCAGCCCGGCAAUUUCCAGAAAUAUCACUGCGCUGACACCGCCAAAGUAAACACCUGGCUCCCCUCAUGCCUGCACGAGUGCCACAUCAAAGCCAACAAAAACGACGGCUGUGCCUUCGACGACCUAGCAUGCCACUGCGUGAACUACGCCAACUACACUUCCAUCAUCGAACCCUGCGCCUUCCCCGCCGCCCUGCACGGCAACGGCACCUGCACCAUGUCCGACCUCCUCACCGCCCGCCCCAUUAUCCAAUCCAUGUGCAAUUUCUUCAACGCAACGCUGUACGCCGCAUACACGGGGUGUCCGCAGGAGCUCAGCAAGGCCAAGACGCUCGCGCUCGUGGCGCGCAACGACACGAUUGUGCGCGGCGUGAGUCUCUGGAAUGGUACGGUGGGCGGGUGGAACGGCACGCAUUGGGCGAGAGAGCAUCACUUCAAUGAAACGCAGGGAUAUGGGCGUGUAGGAAAGUGGAACGCGAGUGUGGGUGAGGGGUGGAGUUGGAGUAAUGGGACGUGGAGGCAUUGGAAUGAGACUGGGAGGGGGAUUUGGUGGAAGAGGUAG